UCCCGAGGCUGGCCAAUAUGGACACGAGUGCAGCUGUGACCAUUCUAGUGGUGCUGAUGGCACUGACGGGCAUCAGCCAUGGGCUUCGCGCUGGAGGCCCGCCGGAGGAGCGUGAAGCUAUGAAGGGGGCUAGCUCAGAGGACAACAUGGACAAUCACUUGCUGGCGAUGGAGAGCGUCAAAGCGGAAAGAAGAUUGGACAAUCGUCUGCUGACGGCAAUGCUCAGAGCUCUGCUGCUGGGAUCUCACAGGGAAGCCCGGAACUCUGUGCUCCAUGAGUCACAGAGGCUCGGGCGCUUGUCCCAAGGGCCGCUCGUGUUGGAGGAUCACAUCAACUCGCCUGACUGGGAGGAGGCUCCUGGCCAGAUCUGGAGCAUGGCGCUGCCCCAGAGGUUUGGCAAGAAAUAAUAUGCUGCUGCAAAGAGGACGCAUGAAGGGCAGCAAGCUGACAAGAGCGACCCCUGUCCAUCAGAUGAAACUGAAAUGGAAAAUCACUUGUUUUUUUUUCACUUGAAACCACAGAUGUAUUGAGCUAAAAAACAAACAAAGCUUUAUUUUUUUUUAUCUUCACUGUCACCAACAUGAUACUGAUUGGAGUAAAUGCUAAGGCCAAAAAGGACAAGUUCUUAUUUAAUAAAACAAUGAGAUGAUAAUAAAGGCUUUGAACCUGGA